AUGAAAAUUAAGGCGCUCACACGACCAACCUCGUCCCACCAGGCCCCUGGGUCUUCUGCCGCCCGCCAGCCCAGGAAUCUUGAUCCGGCACUGCAUCCAUUUGAGCGGGCGAGAGAAUAUUCGCGAGCACUCAAUGCCACCAAGAUUGAAAGAAUGUUUGCGAAACCCUUCGUGGGUGACUUGGGAAAAGGGCACGUAGACGGAGUCUAUGUUAUGUCAAAAGAUCCCGAGAGACUGGAUGUCUUCGCCUCUGGAUCGGGGGAUGGUGUAGUAAAAACCUGGGACUUGACCAGUAGGGAAGAGACGUUCAAGGCGGAUGGACAUGAAGGUAUUGUCAAAGGGCUCUGCUGGACAAAAGAUCAAAGACUUCUGAGCUGUGCCAGUGAUAAGACUAUCAAGCUGUUCGACCCUGCAAAUACAAACUCUAGAUCGGUGCCCUUAGCGACAUACCUCGGGAACACCGCAUUCACUGGCAUCUCACACCAUAGGUCCUUGCCCAACUUUGCGGCUUCCUCUUCGGCCAUAAGCAUCUAUGAUCUCUCACGCUCUUCUUCGACGCCUUUGCAGACGCUGCAUUGGCCUAAUUCGACGGAUACGAUCAAUGCCCUCAGCUGGAACCAAAUCGAGACAAGCGUCCUAGCUUCCUGCGCGACGGACAGAUCCAUCAUCCUCUACGAUCUACGUACCUCCUCACCACUUUCAAAAGUCACCUUAGCCCUGGCAUCAAAUGCCAUAGCCUGGAAUCCAAUGGAAGCCUUCAACUUCGCCGUUGCCUCAGAAGACCACAAUAUCUAUAUGUUUGACAUGCGCAAGCUAAAACGAGCUCUCAACGUCUACAAAGAUCACGUCGCGGCAGUCAUGGACGUCGAAUUCAGCCCCACAGGCCAAGAACUCGUCAGUGCAUCGUAUGAUAAGACGAUUCGCCUCUGGGACCGCGCGGGCGGGCACUCUCGAGAUAUCUACCACACCAAGAGAAUGCAGAGAGUUUUCUCAUGCAAAUUCACACCCGACGCAAAAUAUGUACUUAGUGGCUCAGACGACGGCAAUAUCCGCAUCUGGAGAGCCAAUGCUUCUGAGCGCUCAGGCGUCAAAUCUGCUCGGCAACGGCAGAAGCUCGAAUAUGACAACGCGCUAAAGGACAGGUAUGCUCAUAUGCCUGAAAUCCGGCGCAUUAAGAGGCACAGACACGUCCCGAAAGCGGUCAAGAAGGCGGGCGAAAUUAAGGGGGAGGAGCUGGCGGCGAUCAAGAGGAGGAGAGAAAAUGAGAGGAAGCAUAGUAAGAAGGGGUCAGUGCCGAGGAGGAGUGAGAGGGAGAAGAUGGUGUUGGCAACAGAGCAAUAG